AUGCUGAACACUGCCAGCAGCAUGGGUAUCGUCAAGACACCAGAGGUAUCGUCGCCCAAGGGUGUAUCAGACAGCGAUAGAACUGUCGAGGCAAUCCAAACAGCGCUUGGGGAUACCAUCGACUCUCGUGCAGAGCGGGCGCUGGUGUGGAAAUUCGACCUGCGCAUCCUCCCAGUGCUGGCAGUCAUGUAUCUCUUCAACAGUCUCGACAAAUCCAACCUAGGCAAUGCGAAAACCGCGGGGUUGGAAGAUACGCUCCGGCUGCAGGGUAACCAGUAUAAUCUGAUCCUCAGCAUCUUCUUCAUCCCCUAUGUCUUGACUGCGCCUUUCCUCGCUGUGUUGGGCAAAAAAUACGGUCCGAAUAUCGUGUUGCCGUGCAUGAUGCUAACAUUCGGCUUAUGCACCGUCCUGGUUGUUGCUGUCUUUAACUUUGGAGGACUAUUGGCGAUCAGAUGGUUCCUGGGGAUGUCGGAGAGCGCCUUCUUCCCCCUCGUCAUCUACUACCUCACCACAUUCUAUCGUAGGGGAGAGCUCGCGCGCCGCCUUGCAAUCUUCUAUGCGGCACAAAGCAUUGCCUCUGCAUUCUCCGGCCUGCUAGCCUUCGGCGUCUUCCGCAUCGACUCUGGCCCCCUGGCGUCAUGGCGCUACCUCUUUCUCAUCGAGGGCGGCGGGACUGUUCUGUUCGCGAUUUUCGCGCUCUGGUAUCUGCCAAGGUCGUCUACCGAAGCUACAUUCCUGUCGGACGACGAGAAAACCUUGGCCUUUAGGCGGAUGCAGCUCGACAGCUCCGCAGUUGUCAAUGAACGCUUGAACAUCCGAGACUCUCUUCGCAUCUUCAAACACGGUACAAGCUGGGCAAUCAUCGGCAUACAGAUCUGCCUCGGGGUGCCCCUUCAGUCAGUCCAGCUUUUUCUACCCGUUAUCAUCAAAAGACUGGGAUACGACACGGUCAAGACAAAUCUGUACACAGUUGCACCCAAUGUAUCGGGCGCGGUCAUGCUCUUGAUUCUGGCAUUCUGCAGCGACUGGACGCGGUGGCGAUUCCCGUUCGUGGCACUUGGGUUCCUGUUCACGUUUAUUGGAAUGGUUAUCUUCGUUUCCAUUGAUGUUGAGCGCGAUAUCAACGUCGCCUACUUCGCUUCGUUCAUGAUGACUUGGGGCACAUCGGCCCCUUCUGUUUUACUAGACGCGUGGUACAAUAACAACAUCGCGAGUGAAGGGAAGAGGGUUGUUCUGACCAGUGUUGCUGUACCUAUGGCUAAUCUGAUGGGCUUGGUGAGCUCCAACAUCUUUCGCGACCAGGACUCCCCUAAAUACUUGCCUGCUUUGAUUACUACAGCCGCCUUCGGGGGAGCUGGUGUUGUUUUCACGCUUGCUCUCGGCCUUUGGAUGAUGUGUGAUAAUUCAAGGAGGAACCGGAGGCAGGGCACUGUUCUCACAGCCAUGGAUGUUCCAACAGAGAUGCUGAAAGAAGGACCAGCGUCCGCAGAUUUCCGUUGGUUUUAUUAG